AUGACUGCUGAACCAACGCAUUCAACAAGCCUUGCUGAUGAAAAUACAAACAGUGAUUCUAAAAAUGAUCAACCUGAAGAAGAGUUGACAUACAUUGAGCAAACGCAUGGGCUGUUUCUAGAUACAUGUUUACAGCCAGUAGAUAUUGCUCAAGAAGUUUUGGAUCAGCAUUUUGACUCUGUGUUAUCAGUAGCUCCUGCUGAAAAUAAUCAUCCCAUAAGACUGUUAGAAGAUGCUACUAAUGAAGGUAAAUGUUUUCCUGUUUUAUACCCCACGGGAGCUCCUACCUUUCAUGACCCUCGCAAAGAAAGAAUAACCCUGGCAAGAUAUCUGAAUACACGUUUACUAAAUGCUGAUGGCAGAUUUGCUAAAAACACAGACUAUAUAUUCUAUGCUCAAUACAUAUCAGAAGUGCAACAAGUUUUUUCAAAUGUUUCAAUAGCCCUGCGCAAAAGUUCAGGAACAGAACCAAACUACAAAGAUGAUCCCAACAUGCUAACUAAUGCAGAAUCCUUAAGAUGGGUAUUAAAAAAUGACGAAGGUUACAAGUUCUUACGACCUAUAUGUGGAACACCCCCUUUUUGGCAAUCUGCUCAGAAAGAUUUGUUUGCAAUGAUAAGACAACUAGGAAUCCCAACAUGGUUUUGUUCAUUUUCCUCAGCUGACAUGCGCUGGCCUGAAAUGAUAACAACACUCAGUCAUGCACAAAAUAAAAAUGUGCCUAUAGAUGAACUGACUUGGUCAGAGAGAUGUGCAUUGUUAAAACAAAACCCAGUUACAGCUGCAAGAAUGUUUGACCACAGAUGGCACAGUUUCUUAAAAGAUGUGAUCAUGUCUCCAGCUGCUCCUAUUGGACAAAUAACUGAUUACUUUUACGGAAUUGAAUUUCAAAACAGAGGCUCCCCUCAUUGUCAUUGCUUGUUCUGGGUGGAAUCAGCCCCUCAAAUUGACAAAGACCCAGAUGAGAAAGUUGUACAUUUCAUUGACAAAUACGUAUCUUGUGAACUGCCUUUGUCAGAUGAUGAAGAACUGUGUGAGAUUGUAAACGCUGUGCAAAACAGCACUAAGCACUCAAAAACCUGUAGAAAAAAAAAUGAAUGCCGGUUUAACUUCCCACGACCUCCAUCUUGUAGAACAUUUGUUGAUUGUAUUGUAAAACCUCAGAAAACUGAGACCAAAGUGGAACAGGAAUUGAGAAAACUUAUGACACCAGACAUAGCUAAGAAGAUUUUGAAACAGAACAAUGUAUUAAGUAAUGACCAAACAUUUGAGUCUACAGAGGAACUUUUUGAAAGCAUUGACAUUUCUCAAUUGCUUUUUGAAAUAGCAAACUCAAAACUAACUGCUAAAACAAAUGUGGUCUUAAAAAGAAAACCUGGUGACAUUUGGAUUAACCAAUACAACAAAGACCUGUUACGAGCUUGGAAUGCCAACAUGGAUUACAUUCAAUACAUUGUGGAUGCAUAUUCUUGUGUUGUGUAUAUUAUCUCUUAUAUUUCCAAAGCAGAGAGAGAAAUGGGAUUGUUACUAGAUAAAGCACAAAAAGAAGGACAUAAAGGCAAUCUGGAUGCCAAAGCUGCAUUCAAAUCACUUGGCAGUGUUUACCUUCAUAAUAGAGAAGUCUCUGCACAAGAAGCAGUAUUUAGACUGACUGGAAUAUAUUUAAAGGAAUGUUCACGCAAAGUAACUUUCAUACCGACAGGAAAAUCCCCUAUGCGCAUGAGUUUACCUCUCAGUGUAUUAAGAGAAAGAAAAAAUAAUGACAACAGUCAACAAAAUACUAUGUGGGUGACAAGUGUAGUAGACCGGUAUAAACAUAGACCACAAUCACCACAGUUUAAAAACAUGUGCCUUGCCACGUUUUGCUCAGAAUAUCGGGUCUUGAGUCAAAGUGAAGUUCCAUGUAAUCCAAAUGAAUCUGUUGUUCAACUUCAGGACAACUAUGGACACAUUAAAAAAAGAUCACGCAUGGAACCAGCUGUUAUUAGAUAUGCAAGACUGUCACCCACAAAAGAUCCAGAAAAAUACCAUCAUAGCCAGUUACAAUUGUUUUUGCCCCACUACCAAGACUGUGAGUUGAAACCGCAUUUGUGUCAUAUGAAGAUUUUUACAAUGUUGGGUAUUGUACAUGAAUUUAAUGAUGACCAAGACACAGUUAAAGCAAUUGUUGACAACAACAGGUCCUUGUAUGAACAAAAUUCAGACAAACUAGACUAUGUACAAUCUGUUAUGGAAGAGCAGGGGGAAUUGGACGAUGCUUGGGCACAGAUUUGUCCCCAGUCUGAAAUGGAACGCCUUCAAUGUUUACAGUCUCAGGAGAUCAUUGAACAUGAAACUGAAUUACAUCAUAUUUCAAAAGAUAUUCCAGAUUUGACAGAAACUUUGCGUAUAACUGGCAAUAUCACCGAGCUGCUGUGCCUAACAGCUACCACCCGUGGCAGAGAGAGCAAGGAUGCAGGAGGGAAGAGCAACCCCUGA